UUGCUAAACCCUUCCCUGCAAACUUCCUCUUCUUCUCUAUUUCUGCAGAAUCGAACUGUUUGUUUCUCCUUUUCUCCCUUUAUCUCUGAAUGAUUUCUCCUUUGUCAUAAACCAAAGCAGAUUUCAAUUCAAACUUAUUUGCUUGUCAUAGCUCAAUUUGCUACACUAAUUUGCAUUUAACAAGUUAGAACCAAAUCAAAUAAUCAAAAGCAGCAGACUCAUCCAUGGCUUCUUCUACAUUAUCAAAGAAGCAGAAAAAGAGUGACAAAUACUCAUUAUCAGAACUCAAAACCCUAGGUCAUCAGCUUCUUUCUUCAAGAGCCCACGUCAACAAUCUUCCUCUCCUCCUCUCGUUUAUCACACCCACCACUCGACCGCAAUACGCCCUCGAAUCUCUACUUUCUCUUCAAUCCUUCUUCACUCCUUUGCUUCCUCAACUCCCUUCUUCUUCCGUCUCCUCCUCAGACUCCCAAAAUGAUCCGGAGUUCAUUUAUCGAAUAUGGGUUCGUUCCAAGUUUGACGACUUCGUUCAAUCCCUACUGGAUAUUGCUACCUGUUCGCAAUCCGAUGAAGCACUUAGAGAAGUUGUGUUGGACACGUUGAUGGAGUUUGUGAAAGUUGGAAAUGGUGGGAAGUUUCACUCUGCCAUUUACCACAGGCUUCUUCAUAUCUUUGUUCAUUCCUCUCUCGGGGUCGAUGAUAUUUUGCCUGAAUUGCUGGCAUCAAAGUAUUUUAAGUACAUUGAUAUCCGAUAUUUUACUUAUAUCAGCAUGGAGAAGCUUUCUCGAACUGUAGAAGCCAUAGAUAUCUCUGAUGAUAAAAAUGAGAGCCCAGACACCAUCGAUGUGGACAAGCCAAAAUCAAGCUUGGCCCUCUCAACUCACAAGUUAUAUCAUCUACUCUCUCGUAUCCCUCCCCUGGAAGGUUCAGAUGGAAAAUCAGAAUAUGAUAUGUGGAAUGGUGCAGGUAUAUUUGCUGGGAAAGAGAAUGACAAAGGACAUAGCGGAAAGCAAUGCAAGGAUGAAUCCUCUAAUAUCAAGGUAUCUCCAGCCAAUAUUGCAAAAAAGAUGAAACUGAAAUUUACUAAAGCCUGGAUAUCAUUCCUUAGAUUACCACUUCCAAUUGAUGUUUACAAAGAGGUUCUGGUGAACCUUCAUCAAGUUGUUAUUCCGUAUCUGUCUAAUCCUCUCAUGUUGUGUGAUUUUUUAACACGGUCGUAUGAUAUUGGUGGGGUAGUCAGUGUGAUGGCUCUUAGCAGCUUGUUUGUUCUCAUGACACAACAUGGUCUUGAAUACCCCAACUUCUAUGAAAAGCUUUAUGCUCUAUUGGAACCCUCCAUUUUUAUGGCAAAGCAUAGGGCUAAGUUCUUUCAGCUUCUUGAUUCGUGCCUGAAAUCACCACUUCUUCCUGCAUAUUUGGCGGCUGCUUUUUGUAAAAAACUCAGUCGGCUUUCGCUCGCUGUCCCUCCUUCAGGAGCAUUAGUCAUUGUUGCUCUAAUUCAUAAUCUCUUAAGGAGACAUCCUUCAAUAAAUUGCUUGGUGCACCAGGAGGAUGGUAAUGAGACUACGAAAGACAUUACAGAAGCAGAGAGGGAGACUGAUGACAGCAUCGAGGACUCCAGUGCCAGCAGAGAAAUAUCAAACAUCAAGCCUGGCAUUGAUCUUUUUGAUGACAAGCAGACUGAUCUGUUGAAGGCUAACGCAAUGAGGAGCUCUCUAUGGGAGGUUGAAACUCUCCGUCAUCACUACUGCCCACCGGUUUCAAGAUUUGUUUUAUCCCUUGAGAAUGAUUUGACGAUCAGAGCUAAAACUACUGAAGUAGCAGUCAAAGAUUUCAGUUCUGGUUCAUAUGCGACGAUUUUUGGUGAUGAGAUUAGGAGACGAGUUAAACAGGUUCCCCUUGCAUUCUACACAGCAACUCCAACUAACUUAUUUUCGGAGUCAGAUUUUCCGGGUUGGACUUUCAAAUUGAAGGAUGAGGAUAAUACUGCAGUGCUGGACAACACAUCCAAAGAAAAUGGUCAUAUUUCUGCAAAACGAAGUCGAGUGGAGAGCUCAUGAUAUUAUUGAACCAAAUGGUUCUUAACCUUUGUUUGACUCCUGUGAAUGUUUAUUCAAUUUUUUGUUCUUUCUAAUUUGUAUCUUGAUUCAUUCAAAUUUCUCAUUUCUUCCUCUUAGGAAGCAAAAUUUUGACAUUUUCACCAAGCUGUACCUUAAUGCUGACUGACUUGUUCGCA